GCUCGUGGACUGCACAUUGCAGGCUGCAGCGUCGGCGCGCUGUCGGCCAGUGUUCGAGCGUGAAAACGACAGUGUGCUCCGAGCGGUGGCAUUCCCGUGUGACAGUGACAUGGAAAGGUUACGCGUGUUCGCGCACACUUGAGGCGUGCCAUCCGACGAGAUGUUUAUAGACGAGGGCGCGGCGGCGGCGGCGAGUCGUCUGAAGCGACGGCAAAGUGCCGCCGCGCGUGCAGGCGCACUGGACGACGAGACAUCGAAGCGCACGCGCCGGGAUUACUUCAACGACGGCUACGACGGCCUACCGGCGAUCGUCGAGGCGACCCGAGCGCUGCGACUCGCCAAGAGAGCCUGCGACGGCGUCGACGCGACUGCGGCCUGCGGCGGCGGCGCUCCGAGGAAGUACUUCACGAUCGUGAAUUUCAGCAGCGACUGCCAAGCGGACGAGACCGAAGAAGUUGUGCUGCGACGCUCGUGCGACGCCGAUCUGCCGGCGAUACACUCGAGGAACGAUUCGGGCUUCGUCGACGACGAGGCGACGACACCGGCGAAGCCGAUCCUGGCGAGCGAUUCGGUGUCGCUGCGUUAUCGCCCGAGGAGUCACAGUAGCGUGACGGUGCCGGCGAGCAAAACGGAGCGGUUGAUCGCGCGAAGGGUCAACAAGCGUAGAUCGGCGUCGUUCGAUCGGCCGAAAGACGAGUGGCGGCCCAGAUCCGAGAUCAGCGAUCCGUCAGCGACCAAGUGCGCCGAAGUUGCGAGUGUCGAUGACGACGAGGGAUGCGUUUUACUGCGCGUGCGGCCCCUCGAGCUCAACGACGAUUUGUCGAUCGAGGAGUUGGAGGACAGGAACGGCUCGCUGCUCAGGCAGCAGGAUGAACGCUGUACGAGGAGAGAUCGCGAAAGGGCGAGGCUACUCCGAAGACGGAGGAUCAAUGGCAGAUCGGCUUCCGUUCCUAGAUCACACAGACACCUGGACAAGGGAGGCGACCUAGCCGAGGCAGCCUCGGCCUCGGGUCUGCGCGAGCUCGCGCGCUCGCUCAAGCACCACCUGCGCGGCUUCGGCGCGCGCCUGGAGGACCGCCGCGAGUACCUGGAGGACACGUCCCGAUGCUGCCUGCUGCAGGACCGCGCGUACGAGUGGGCGCAGGAGGCGCGCCUGGCCGGCGAGAGACGGGCCCAGCAGUUCCUGGCCGCGAGGCCGCCUUUGCCGCCCGAGCACUUCGCCGAGAUGAUGGCCUUGGCCGAGAAGCUGGGCAACGAGAUCCUGCUGGAGCAGUGCCGGCUGGCCAGAGCUAAGUGCGCCGAGGCGUUGGAGAUGACGCGGACCAGCUCGGCGCCCGGCAGCCCCGCCAGGCGGAGGAGCCUGGCCAACUCGGACUCGGCGAACUCGUGGGACGACGCGCUGGCCAAGCGCGCGAGCUGGGACGACAGCGACAGCAGCGGCGCCUCGUACGCCGGCGCCCUGGACAGCAGCAGCGGCGGCGGCAGCGGCAACGGGCGCCUGGACAACAUCGCCGAGCUGCGCGAGAGCGCCGAGCAGCUGCUCGACUGCUCGACGCCGCCGCGCAGUCCGCAGGCGCCGCGACGCCUCGUCAAGCCGCCCGUCAACUCGCACCUGCAUCGCGCGCCGAGCAUCGCCCACUGCAUGAAGGCCAAAAAAACCUUAUUACUGAUAAUGAGGGAGAUGAUACAGACCGAACGCGACUACGUCAAAUCCUUGGAGUACGUAAUAGAGAACUAUAUACCGGAGCUGGUGAGAGAAGAUAUUCCGCAGUCGUUGAGAGGCCAGCGUAACGUGAUCUUCGGCAACAUCGAGAAGAUUUACGAGUUUCACAGCCACUACUUCCUCCACGAGCUCGAGCAGUGCGAGCAAUCGCCAAUGAUGGUCGGACAGUGCUUCCUACGCCAUGAAAAGAAGUUUUACCUCUACGCGCUGUACAACAAGAACAAGCCCAACUCGGACUCUCUGAUGGCGGAGUACGGCUCAGCUUUCUUCAAGGCCAAGCAGAUGGAGUUGGGCGACAAGAUGGAUCUGGCCAGUUACCUACUGAAGCCUGUCCAGCGAAUGGGCAAGUACGCUCUUCUGUUGCAGCAGCUCGUCAAGGCGGGUACAGAUCUGACGGAGCAACUGUCGUCGGGUGAGGGUAAAGACGAGAAAGAUGGUAUUGAGAGUUUGAGACCCUUGGUCGAGGGCGAGACGGACCUGAGGGCGGCCGAGCAGAUGGUCAGAUUCCAGCUAAGGCAUGGUAAUGAUCUGCUUGCCAUGGAUUCCCUCAGAGACUGCGAUGUGAACGUUAAGGAGCAGGGCAGGUUGCUCAGGCAAAACGAAUUCCUAGUGUGGCAGGGUAAAGGCAAGAAAUGCCUGCGACAAGUGUUCCUCUUCGAGGAUCUUAUACUGUUCAGCAAAGCUCGUCGAUUCCCCGACAGGAAGAAUCUCGAUAUCUACAUCUACAAGCACAGUAUCAAGACGACGGAUAUAGGACUGACAGCCGUGAUCGCCGACUCGCCCACCAAGUUCGAGAUCUGGUUUAGAAAGAGAAAACCCGGCGACACUUACACGCUACAGUGCGCCAGCGAGGAUAUCAAAAAGGCUUGGACCGAGGAGCUUAGCAAUCUUCUUUGGAAGCAGGCGCUCAGAAACCGAGAAGUGCGCAUGGCAGAAAUGUCGAGUAUGGGUAUCGGUAACAAGCCUUGUCUGGAUAUCAGGCCCAGCGCUAAUCAGAUCAACGAUCGUUCGAUCAGCGUGGCCCAAUUAUCAAAGACUCCAAGGUUUAGAAACUCGAUCGCAGUGAGCAACACCGACGACUCGAGUCGGUGCAGCAGGCGACCCAACAGUGUCAUAUCCGUCAGUUCAUCCUCGAGUAGCGGAGGAAGCAGCGGACCUCCGACGACCCUUAAUUUGGGCUUGGACACCAGUCCACGGCUUCAUCAUCGAAGCACCACACUUAAUAGUCAAUGUAGCGUCGAGAGCGGCAUAAUCGCAGAUAUCUCGAUCGUGUCGGACGACGGUGGCGAUGGUACGGAUCGUAGUCAUUGGAACUCAACGCUCGAGUCACCAACAUCACCACCCAUAACCGGUCACUCGACACCACAGCUACAAUCGCCGAUGAGCGUCACUUCCUCAGUUACCUCGCCUUCCUCCUCGGAGGCUAACCUCGUGCCCUACGAUCAGGACGUCUCAGUCAAUCUGUGAGACGAGCGAGCAAUGACUUAAUUUCUUUUGCACGAUUUGAUAAUGUGGCAUUCCCCUCCCCUCCCUAUCUUUCUUGUUUUAUUUCUUGCAUUUCUUUAUUCGUUGAAUGCCUCACGUGGCGAUCACGCGCACACACUUAGAGAUCAUGAGUACCACUUUUUGUAAGAUAUUGUAAUAUAACGAAGGUUUUAUACAACGUGCGUAAUCCAAUAGACUAUUAUACCUUGUUUUCCUGAUAAUAUAUCUUAAAAAAUGGUAAAAAAAAAGAUUUUUCUCGUAUAAAACUACUCAUAAGAAUUUUAUUCACUAAUAUUUUAUAUUUUUAUCAAAAGUAACGAUUAUAAAUGAGAAAAAACAAACUAUUAUUGCGAUUAUUAUUAUGAUUAUUAUUAUUAUUAUUGUAAUUAUUAACCUCAAGUCAUUUGUAAAACAAUUUUUAUCGUCUGUAGCACGUAAAAUCUCUUUUAUAACAUGUAGUAACACGCCCUAUAAACGUAAAAAAGUGAAAGCCAAAUUCGAUUUUUUUCAUCGUAUAUAUGAGUUUUAUUAUUAAUAUUGUAGCGCGCGUGGAUCGUUUUUGUCGAGCUUAAGAUGUGAAAGUCUUCGUAGAUUUACGAUAGAAAAAAUGUAAGCUCGUCACUAAGACAGCCCGCGCGGAUGACGGAAAGCGUGUGAAAAUUUGUUUCUUCUUUAGUGAAAAAAUACUUUUUUCCCCUUAGUCGUCGCUAAUAUUCCUCUAAUUGUGGAUUGAUCAAUUAACGAAUAACUCGCGAUUUAUUGUUCAUACGUGCGAUCGACGUAAACUGAUAUACAUCCUAAUAACUCUGUCCUCGUGCACUUUUUUGCUCGAAACUAAACUCUCACAGGUUUAAAUAUUUUUAUAUGCAGACUUUUUGAUUAAGCUGUUUCUAAAAUUUAACCGAUUGAACGCGGCGAUCGCUCAUAUGAACGUAUAUGAAAAAGGGAAAGAAAAAAGUCCUUAUAUUUUGUUAUUGUUUAAGGGAUGAGAGAAUCGAUUAUUUCGUAAUCUCGUACAAGGAAAGUAAAAAAGCGGUCCGCCCGGAUAUCUACGAUUAUAUCUCGUGGUUAGUGACCGAACUGUAUUUAUUAUUGAGUGUUUUUUACUUUUUAUUAAUCUAAACCAAUUUUCUUUUAAGUUAACUCUCCGUUUCGUUUGUUUAUAAAAUCUAUCAAGUAACGAAAGAAAACUGUAGAAUGUAGAAAAAAGAUACACACGCAGAGAGCUUUUUUCGGCACUUGUCAUAUUAAAACUAUCCAAAGUAUUCUAAACUGACUCUCGUACGCCCUAUGUGAAUACUUCAUAAUUAAUUAGCUUUGUCAGAGAGAUAAUCUAAUUUCUUGAGGGUUUUACACGGAUUUUUCUAUGCGAAUUCUACACUUUGAUCUCAAAAUUAAUUUGGCAUACAAAAACAUUAAUCAUUCAUGAACGAUUAUAUAAAGAAAAUGCACUGUUUUUUUCAUAAAAAAAAACUUUAAAAGCUUUACACUUGUCCAUUAAUUUUGGGAUCGAACCAAGAUAUAAUAAAACUAAUAAAAGCCAUGUAAAUGAAAGUCGCGCGAUUUUGGCAUAAUAGUUAGCAUAUAGCAGUCAUAAUCAGGCGGUUAAAAUUAAAGUUUAAGAUUUUGCCGAUAGUCACUCGAUACUUUUCUUUUUAUAGGUAUUUAUUAAGACACGAGGUUUCUUUUUGUUCAUCGCUCGUGCGCAUCAAUUGCAUCCUGAAUAAAUGUCAGAUAAAAAAAAACUGUACAUAUACUAUAACACAUUAUUUUUCAGUAUUGUAACUGUCUUCUAACACCGAUGUAUUUUAUUACUUUAUGAAAUAUACUAUUGGGUGCCUUUUGUAGCGAAUUUGCGAGAUGUUUUGUGUUUUUAUUCAUUUAAUAAA